AUGCUAAAAGUUCGACAUCAUUUUUCUUCUUUUUUUUUGCGUUUGAUUUUUAUGCUAAAUUCUUUUUCAAUCUAUCUAUCUAUCUAUCUAUCUAUCUAUCUAUCUAUCUAUGCUAAGUUCUUAUUCAAUCUAUCUAUCUAUCUAUCUAUCUAUCUAUGCUCAGUUAUUUUCAAUCUAUCUAUCUAUCUAUCUAUCUAUCUAUCUAUCUAUGUAAGGCUCUUUAUAUAUCUAACUAUGCUAAGUUCUUUUUCAAUCUAUCUAUCUAUCUAUCUAUCUAUCUAUGCUAAGUUCUUAUUCAAUCUAUCUAUCUAUCUAUCUAUCUAUGCUCAGUUAUUUUCAAUCUAUCUAUCUAUCUAUCUAUGUUACUCUUUCUAUCAUUAUAUGUUAAACGCUCUCUCUCCUUCUCUUUCUUUCUUUCUUUCUUUCUUUCAUUCGUUAUCUUCUCUGUCUCCCCUCUCUCUCCCGCACGCUAAUGCCAAUGGUUAUGUUACUUGUCUCCGUCUGUUGAAAAAAAAAAAACAAACAUUAUGCUAUUCGCUCUCUCUCUCUCUCUCUCGCUUUCCAUCCUACUUUUUUUCUCUCUCUUACUUUCCAUCCUCCUCUCUUUUCGCUCUCGCUUUCAAUCCACAUCUCUUUCUCUCUCUCGCUUUCCAUCCUCCUCUUUUUUCUCUCUCUCUCUUUCCAUCCUCCUCCUUUUCCUUCUCUCUCUCUCUUUCCAUCCUCCUCUUUUUUCUCUCUAUCACUUUCCAUCCUCCGCUUUUUCUUUCUCGCUUUCCAUCCUCCUCUUUCUCUCUCUCUCUCUCUCUCUCGCUUUCCAUCCUCCUCUUUUUCUCUCUCUCUCUCGCGUUCCAUCCUCCUCUUUCUUCUCUCUCUCUCGCUUUCCAUCCUCCUCUUUUUCUCUCUCUCUCUCUCGCUUUCCAUCCUCCUCUUUUUCUCUCUCUCUCUCGCUUUCCAUCCUCCUCUUUCUCUCUCUUUCCAUCCUCCUCUUUUUCUCUCUCUUACUUUCCAUCCUCCUCUUUUUCUCUCUCUCUUACUUUCCAUCCCCCCUUUUUUUCUCUCUCUUGCUUUCCAUCCUCCUUUUUUUCUCUCUCUCUCUCCUUUCCAUACUCCUCUUUUUCUCUCUCUCUCUCCUUUCCAUCCUCCUCUUUUUCUCUCUCUCUCUUGCUUUCCAUCCUCCUCUUUUCUCUCUCUCUCUCGCUUUCCAUCCCUCCUUUUUCUCUCUCUCUCGCUUUCCAUCCUCCUCUUUUUCUCUCUCUCUCUCUUGCUUUCCAUCCUCCUCUUUUUCUCUCUUUCUCUCUCGCUUUCCAUCCUCCUCUUUUUUCAUUUUCUUACUUUCCAUCCUCCUCUUUUUUUCUCUCUCGCUUUGAUCAUCCUCUUUCUCUCUCUCUCUCUCUCGCUUUCCAUCCUCCUCUUUUUUCUCUCUCGCUUUCGAUCAUCCUCUUUCUCUCUCUCUCUCUCUCGCUGUCCAUCCUCCUCUUUUUCUCUCUCUCUUACUUUCCAUCCUCCUCUUUUUCUCUCUCUCUCUUGCUUUCCAUCCUCCUCUUUUUCUCUCUCUCUCUCGCUUUCCAUCCUCCUCUUUUUCUCUCUCUCUCUCGCUUUCCAUCCUCCUCUUUCUCUCUCUCUUACUUUCCAUCCUCCUCUUUUUUCUCUCUCACUUUCCAUCCUCCUCUUUUUCUCUCUCUCUCUCUCUCUCGCUUUCCAUCCUCCUCUGUUUCUCUCUCUCGCUUUCCAUCCUCCUCUAUUUCUCUUUCGCGGGUCCGCUUGCUUGCUAAAUUCGGCCAUUUAAAACUACAAGUUAAGUGGAGAUUUGCUACAGGUGAUGCGAUAAUGCUAUCUAUCUCAGUCUGUACUUCAUCUAUCUAUCUAUCUAUCUAUCUAUCUAUCUAUCUAUCAUCUAUCUAUCAGUCUGGUGUAAUUUAUUUACAACAUUAA